AGUGUGAUACAAAGUCAAAUGAUGUACAUGUGAUCCAAAAUGAUGGUAAUUUGAUACAUAUAUACAUAUAUAUAUAUACAUAUAUAUAUGUGUGUGUGUAUGUGUGUGUGUGUGUGUGUGUGUGUACUGUGCUGCUCAAGAGUGCGUGAGAUGACAAGGGUCAAGUGAGAAAAAAAUAAAAAAAGAUUCGUAAAGAAAUGCAAUUCCGAAGUGAUAAAUCUGUAUCUAUGUAAAGACGUGUGUCAGUGUGUCUGCACAGGAAGAGUACAAAACAAAAUAAAUUUACGAAGAUAAAGAGAUAGAGAGAAGAGUAGUAGAUCAAUUGAAGAUAACCAAAGGAAAGUCAGUCAGCAACGUAGAGAAGUGACAUAAGCAGGUAGGACAGGUGGGACAGUAGCAUGAGUUCGUACUUUGCGAAUUCGUAUAUCCCGGACCUGCGAAAUGGCGGGGUGGAACACCCGCAUCAGCAGCACUAUGGUGCGGCCGUACAGGUACCUCAGCAAACACAAUCGGUCCAGCAACAGUCUCAGCAAGCCAGUGAUCCCUGCGAUCCGAGUUUGUUACGUCAAGGAGUAUCCGCCCAUCAUUAUGGAACCACGGGAGGUCAGCAAGAUAUGCCUUAUCCGAGGUUUCCCCCGUACAAUCGGAUUGAUAUGCGGAACGCGGCCUACUAUCAACAUCAACAGGAACACGGAAGUAUGGACGGCAUGGCCGGUUAUAGGUCGACGUCUCCGAACACCAGUAUGGGUCACAUGGGACACUCAUCAACCCCUAACGGACAUCCGUCCACUCCCAUCGUCUAUGCCAGUUGCAAACUUCAGGCGGCUGCUGUCGAUCAUCAAGGCAGCGUUCUCGACGGACCGGAUAGCCCGCCUCUCGUCGAAUCGCAGAUGCACCAUCAAAUGCACAGCCAACACCCUCAUAUGCAGACGCAGCAAUCGCAGCAUCCGCAGCAGCAAUCGCAGCAUCAGCAUCUGCAGGCACAGCAACAACAUAUGAUGUACCAGCAACAACAACAAUCUCAAUCUGCAUCGCAACAGGGACAAAGUGGAAUGCACCCGCAACAGCAACAGCAAGCUCAGCAGCAUCAAAGCGUUGUUGCAUCAUCGCUCAGUCAACAACAGCAAGGCGCGCCUCAAGGUGCGUCGAGUGCGAACUUACCAAGUCCGUUGUACCCUUGGAUGAGGAGUCAGUUUGAAAGGAAACGGGGUCGGCAGACUUAUACACGAUACCAAACGUUAGAACUGGAAAAAGAGUUUCACUUCAAUCGAUAUCUUACUAGGCGGCGACGCAUCGAGAUCGCACACGCGCUAUGUCUGACGGAACGGCAGAUAAAGAUCUGGUUUCAAAACAGACGGAUGAAGUGGAAGAAAGAGAAUAAGACGAAAGGCGAGCCAGGCUCAGGCGAUGGCGACACUGAAAUCUCGCCACAGACGUCGCCGCAGGGUUAAAAGAGCUCCGAGGGGAGUGGAACUUCUUUUCCACCUCUCAGGGUCGUUAAUAUCUUGUUUCCAGCACUACCUCCUCCCUACCCAAACUCCAAUCCCUAUCGAUGACCUCCAAAUGAUCCCUCUAAGCAAUGACGCUUAUUUUGUCGUGUUAAUCAUGUUGCUUGUACCAAAAACGAAGCAGAUAAUGAUGACGAGGAAGUUGUAGAAGGAUCUGUAAGAGCGCUUGAAGACGAUAAGAGAAUGAUAAACCCAGAGACGUAAAGUUAUGAAAAUGCAAGAAGAAGAGAAUAAAACGAAGAAAAGACGCACAAACGAGUCAG